CCUGUUCACUGUCCCCAACCGCCGUGUGAGGAGACAUUCGAUGGGUGCCCGGUUGUCCACCUCCAGGACCAUCCCGAGGAACUCCGCCACCUCCUGCGAGUCAUUUUUGAUGGCAGAAGAUACUAUCAACCUGACGAUCAACUCGACUUCAUGGUCGUAGCUGCCCUCGUCUGCCUAGCGCACAAAUAUCAGGUCGAUUACGUGCGCGACGCAUAUCUCUCGAGAAUGAAGUCGUGCUUCUGUACCGACCUGAAGAUGUGGAACGGGGUCCAUGAUGCGCAUGGCAGCGCUGUCAUGAGAUACAGCAAUGUCGACGCCAUCACUGCCGUGAACAUCGCGCGGCUCACCGGGACGAACUCCAUGUUGCCCACCGCCCUGUAUCUUUGCUGCCAGCUUGACGUGGAGUGCCUCCUCAAUGGCUCGCCGAGGCUCGGUGGCACUCUCGAGUGCCUGAGCAGACAGGAUUUCGUGCGAUGCAUGAACGCUCGUCAAUCGCUUCUGACUUCGACGGUCCUGGAAGAUCUCGAUUUCUACAUUCGAUCGUUGCAACGUGGCCCGAAGCUCCAUGAGCACUGUCAACACGAAAUCGAUGUCAUACGCCGCGAACAUCUGGUUGGUUCACUGGGACUCCCACCCUCGGAGGAUGCUCUAGCAUCUGAGGUGCCCUCUUAUCGCGCCUCUCAGAAAAAGCUUUGGUGGGGGAUGUGUGCCGAAUGCGCCGAAGCAAUGGGUCUUGAUGACCAAUUGAGACGCACGAUCCUUUGGUGCAAACUUCCGGAACUCCUGGCUCUGGAGGCACCGGCGGAGUGGCCUGAGCCACCUGCGGAGAAUUUCCGAUCAACGCGUAUUGUGCCAUGGGGGAUGGAAUGGUAGUUAUAAGAUCCUAGAUCGUCUACUGGCAUUGUCAAUUGAAUACUGUAGUAUCUGCUGAUCGUAGCAGGAAGUAUGCACAAUGUUCAAGGCUUUCUGAAUCCGGCGUGAGGGCUAAUAUUGCCCUGUACGAAGUCAGCAAUGCGAAGACCGCAUAUAUACAUACACCGUCACUGUGGGAUGGCCAACUUUAAAAUUCGAGGAGCAACACUGUCUUAACUCAAGUUCGUCGCGUCGCAAGUUGUCGCAAAAUCAAGCUAAG